GGCAGCGGCGCGGAGAGGACAGAAGUGGCUGGAGUAGUGGACGAGCAGCCGACUGCCAGGUCCAGUCCGAGAGCCGAGCGCACGCCGUGCAGGUUGUUCCUCCUGCAGCCGAAGAAGAGGCAGAGGACGCACCGCUGCAGGACUUCAGGGGGUCAAAGAUCAUAGAUCACCGGCAGGGCUGCUCCAUUCAGAACACAGGCUGGGACGAGUGCCUUUUUAAACAAGAUACCAGCUUCUCACAGUGGUGGCUUUGGGCGGUCUGGACCAUGAGGGGUGUGCGUGUCUGCCUGUGGCUGGCUCUGCUGCUGCCCUGGAGCGCUCAGAGCCAGAGGAGCAGUCCAGCUCCUUCCCGCCUCGCUGAAGACUCAGCUCAGAAAGACGCGCCGUCGGCCGUCGACGUCCCCGACCUCAGCGGGGUCCUGGGCUCGCUGCUCCGCUCCGAGCGCCACUCGGUGCUCCGGCGAGCUCAAGCCCCGCGGCCGGCCUGGCAGGUGCCGAAGAGAGCCCAGCAGGGCUCCCGCUUCGCCCUGUCCCUCGACGUCCCCACCAGCAUCCUCAGCGUCCUAAUAGACCUGGCCAAGAACCAGGACAUGAGGACCAAGGCGGCGGCCAACGCAGAGCUGAUGGCUCGGAUAGGAAGGAGGAAAUGAACGGCAGCAAUCAGGAGGCUUUGUGAAGAACGUCCCGGCCUGGCAGGGGAGACGUCACACCGUUGCACCAACAUCUGUUUAGAAACUAUUAGCCGAGGCGACGGCAGUCAGUGUUUGUCCCGUAGAGCGUAGAUCUGCUUUACUUUUAUACUAGUCUGCAGUUAAUUUUAAUAGAUUAUGUCAUCCUACACAGAAAGCUCUGCAUGGACUGGAAAAAAGAAAAAAAAAAAAACCA